CGGCGCGCGUGCGUCUGUUCAUAACUGGCGGUGCAGGUAAACGGUUGGUGGACAGACUCUGGAGACGGCGAGUUUCGCAGGGAAUCGGAGAGUAUGUGGGCUCAAGCAACAUGGAGAGAGAAUGUGGGAAGUGCGUGGCUGUUGUCGCAGUUGUGACCGAGCCUCAGUUUGCCCAGCGAUACAGGGACUACCUCGAGAAGCAGACACUCUUGGACAGACAGCACCGUGCGGUGAAGAUGCCGGACGGCGCCGUGGCGCUCCCGGUGCUGGGAGAGACCGUCCCCGAGCAGCACCUGCAGGAGCUGAGGAAUCGCGUGGCCCCAGGCAGCACCUGUAUGCUGAUGCAGCUUCCGGAUCCUGUUCCUUCGAAGAAGGCCCAGCGCUGCUCACCUGCCCAGAGGUUGUGUCUUGCGGUGAGUCGCUGGGCUAAGGGUCGGGGAGUCACGUGGUCAGCCGAGUUGGAGGCUGAUUUGCCCCGAUCUUGGCAACGGCACGGUAACCUCCUGUUGCUGAGUGAAGACUGUUUCCAAGCCAAGCAAUGGAAAAAUUUGGAACCAGAACUCUGGGAGACCGUUGCCUCGGCACUUGGUGUCCAACGUUUGGCAAAACGAGGGAGGGUAUCACCGGAUGGCACUCGAACUCCAACAGUGACUCUGCUGCUGGGCAACCAUGGUUGGGUAGAGCAUGUGGAUAAUGGUAUCAGAUAUAAGUUUGACGUGACACAGUGCAUGUUCUCCUUUGGAAACAUCAGUGAGAAGCUGCGAGUGGCAUCGCUGUCCUGUGCUGGAGAGGUGCUGGUGGAUCUCUAUGCAGGGAUUGGUUACUUUACUUUGCCCUUCCUAGUUCAUGCUGGUGCUGCCUUCGUCCAUGCCUGUGAGUGGAACCCCCAUGCUGUAGUUGCUCUGAGAAAUAACCUUGAGAUCAAUGGAGUAGCAGAUCGGUGCCAAGUACACUUUGGAGAUAACAGGAAACUGAAGCUCUCAAACAUUGCAGAUAGGGUAAACCUGGGGCUGAUUCCCAGCUCUGAAGAAGGCUGGCCAAUUGCCUGCCAAGUGCUUCGACAGGAUGCUGGGGGCACUUUGCAUAUCCACCAAAAUGUGGAAUCUUUCCCAGGGGAGAAUCUUCAGCCUCCUGGAAGCAGUGAAGUGGACAAAGAGCAUUGGCCUUAUCCUCAGCAAACUAGCACCAACCAAUGGAAAAAUGGAGGUACCAGGGAUUCUAGGAGAAAAAUGCUAUCACCAGCCACCAAGCCAGAGUGGCAAAGGUGGGCAGAAUCUGCAGAAACUCGAAUUGCCACUCUUCUUCAGCAGGUGCAUGGAAAACCAUGGAAAACACAAAUACUGCACAUUCAAUCAGUGAAAUCCUAUGCUCCCCAUGUGGAUCACGUAGUCCUGGAUCUGGAAUGCCGCCCCUGUCCUCUAGUUGACUAGAGGAGGUGGAUCCUGGGACACAAGGAAUCCACAUUUAAGAGGCCUUUAAUGCAUCAGCUCAGGUGGGGUUCUUACCCCUUUUUUCUAUUGGCAAUCUAUUUUAAUAUUUUGUGGCCCUCAGCGCAGCCUCUAGCCCAAUCCAUAUCAUUUCAUUUGUCUUUCUUUGAUCACAUUAAGAAUGAGCUACAUAUCUGGGAGAAGCCGCAUGGCUCAUUGAAAUAAGGAUCAUCUGUGCAAUCAUGAAUUUGGAAUUGUACACAGUAAGCCCCAGGGAAAUGUUAGCUAUCAUGUGAUUCCACCACAGAAAUCAGGAUGCUUGAUUCCAGUCCCAUCUCACAGAGUGACUUUUCUGUGUUUACCUUACUCAUCUCCUCUUUUCCAUAUUGGGUUGCUUUUCAUGUGUGUGCCCAUGGGUUGCUCUCUUCAAACUAAAAUGCUAAAAAUGCCAGUCUGGGGCUUGAGCCAGUAUGUGGAGGAAUGUGGAGGAAAACAGUGGGAAAGAUGAAUCAGAGAGCCAGGUCUGGGGUCUGAAAGAGUUGCCUCCUUGCCAUAAGUUGUGGAUAGGCAGCUGAUAUCAGGUGUAGCCAGGUGAAUUCAUUCAACCAACAGUUGUUGAACUCCUGCUGUAUCUAUAUAUAUGCAUAUACACCUUGACUGUGCAGUGGUGAAAGACAUGGGCUCUGCCUUCAUAGAAUUUAGGUUCCACUCAUUCAACUCCUGACUCCUCUACCGUCUGUAUGGCAAGUCAUGAAUCUCUCACAAUUUAGUUUUCUCAUCGGUACAUUGGGGUUGAUUAUUGUACAUACCCUGUAGGGUAGUUGUUAGGUUUAAAUGAGUUCACAUAUGUUAACCUGUCAUGACAGUGACUGGCAUAUAGUCAAUACUUCAUUCAGGCAAUCAGUCAUUCUUUGUAUACAGUGAGCUACCAUUUCCCAGUUUAGCUGUGAGGGAUAAAUCUGGUUCACUCGAAGUAGAAUGUGCUUAUUUUGAAAAGCCAUUCACUGGUUGGUUAGGAUACACUGUUUACACUCUCCGUCAAGCACUGUGCUCAGGGCCACUGACAUAGAGAUGAAUAAAGCUGAGUCCUGCCCAUGAUGGGAUCACUAUCUGGUGACAUGGAUAGAGAGGAAGCAAUGUCAAUGCUGUGUACUAAGUGCUGAGAUAGAAAUAAACAGGGAUUUUUCCGGCACAUAUAGGAGAGGCAGCCACCCAUAUUUGGGGAUCUGGGUUAGGGUGGUUGGGUGACUGGGAAGGAGGGAGCAGAGAUGCCUAAGCAGAAUGUUAAAGAAUGAGCAGGAGUCAUGUGUGAAUGGAAGAAAAUAAGGGUCCCUUAAGCCUUUUCUCUAUGUGAGUACAUUAAUUUAUGGUACAGUUUCUCUGAGGAUUUGCUGGAUUGGUCUGGUCAGGAAGAGGCAUCUUAUGGAACCAAGGAAAAAAGACUGAAGGGUUCAGGAGGAUCACAGAGUCCUUGUCACUUAAGUCCAGGAAUUUGUAUAAACUCUAAAGGUUUCCCAUGCAAGUUUUCAAUAUUAGUUGCCAAUUAAUGCACCCUUUGAUGGAGAUGUUGUAAUUAAAAAACAGCAAUAAUAUUUUUAAACUACCUCAACCUUGAAUUGCUCUAUUCAUUAACUCCAUAAUUUUAAAGAAUUAUGCACUAAUAUAUGAGUUCAAUGUGUAUAUUUGAAAUAAACAUAGAAGUUAAAAAUGAUGAGAAACAAAUAGAAAAGAUUUUAAAUUCAUUUCUCCCACCCCGAGCACACAUGUGGGAAGAGGCCAAUUAUAUGUCAUUUUGAACAGCCUCAGGAUGCAGCCACUUCAUAUUGUGCAAGCAAUAAAGAGUCCUUUUCAAAAUAAACUAUUAUUUAAGAUGAUUACAGCUAAUUAUAUGUUUAAAAUGAUAGAAAACCUCACUUUGGAAGGCUGUCUGACAGUUCCUCAGAAUGCUGUAUGUAGAGUUAUCAUAUGACCCAGCAGUUCUACUAGGUGUAUACCCAAGAGAAAUGCAAAUAUGUCUAUACAAAAACUUGUACAUGAAUAUUUAUAGCAGCAUUAUUCAUAAUAGCCAAAGAGUGGAAACAGCCCACACGUCCAUCAACUGGUGACUGGACAAACAAAAUGAUAUAUCCAUACAAUGGAAUCUGUAAAAAGGAUUGAAGUACUGAUACAUGCUACAACAUGGAUGAACCUUGAAAACAGUAUGCUAAGUAAAAGAAGCCAGUUGCAAAAGGCCACAGAUUGCAUGAUCCCAUUUAUAUUAAAUGGCCAGAAUAGGCCAAUCCAUAGAAACAGAAAGUAGGUUGCCAGGGUCUGGGGGGAGUAGAGAAUGGGAAGUGACUACUAAUGGGUACUGGGUGUGACUGCUAAUGGGUACUGUUUCUUUUGGGAGAAAUGAAAAUUCUGAAAUUAGGCAGUGGUGAUGAUUGCACAACUCUGGAAUAUACUAUAAACCACUUAAUUGUAUACUUUCAAAGGAUGAAUUUUAUAGUACUGUGUGUAAAUUAUAUUUCAGUAAAGGUAUUUUUAAACACAAGGUAAGAACUUGGAAAAGCUUCUUGCAGGAAGGAAAGCCUGAGCUGAAUUUCAAAUGUGAAUAGGGAUUUGCCAGGUAAAGGCAGAGGAGGUGAAGGCUCCGUAGCCUCUUCUCCAAGUUAAGCUAUUUGUUUCUCAUUGAAACUUUCUCUUGGGUCUUACUUUAUAAUUACCAUUGUGUCCUUCCCAGGAGCAUUUUCACUGGGGCCCAAAGUGGAUUCGCUCACCGUGGGAGAUACUGAGCUUGACUCUCAGUACCCAUCCCAAUCCCCCUUUUUGUUAAAUAAGGGAAGGUGUCAAAUGUACUCAAUUUCCCAGCCUCCCUUUCAGCUUUAAUGGCUAUGUGAACCAGUUCCGGCAAGGAGAUGUAGGCAGAGGUCCCCAGGUAGGGCUUUGGGUCUCUUACCCUGGAGAUGCAGCAGACAUUUCUUCCAGGCAUGCUAAGACUGGCAGAGCAGGGUUGUAGGACUCUGGUUUCUUAUGGAGAUCUUUAAUCAGCUACACCAGUCCUGAAAUGCCUAUCUCUGAACUUCCUGUCACAUUAAAAACACAAAACCCGUAAAACUCCACCAUCCCCACCACUCACAAACCUGCUUACGUUAUUGUGCGGAUUUUUUUUUUUUUUUUUUGACUUACAGGAAAGAAAUAUUUCUACCUGAUAUUCUAAAUAGUGGGUUAGCCAGAUUAGUAAGACAUAUAUGAUAGAAGUGAAUAAAUAGAAACAGUAGCAGAGUGGGAAUGCUCAGAGAUCUCACGACCAAAAACAGGGCAUUUUGAAAAUCAACGUACUUUUUCAGUUGUGUCCACUAUUGUUAAUGCUGCUAUCUAGUGAAGA